GCCCGUUUUCCGCCCCUCCCAUGGCUCGUGCCGCCUGCCGAAUGUGUUCGUCUAUGAUAUAGUUGGGAUGAGUAUGCAUGUGAACCUCAAGUUUCAAGCUCAGGAUCAUAAUUAACCGCUUUACGCGACGACCACCUAAUUCACAGAUUCAAGCACGCGCACAAAACAUCAAAGCUCUGACUUGAGAGUAAAACUGCAUUAUUCGCUGCACUGCCGUCUUACAGUAGCUGGGUCAUAUCGGGAACACCCGGUUCGCGGAUCAGCCCUAACCGAAAUAUGUCAGCAAGCCCAAGGGGCUGAGCCUCAUAAACUACACCAAUGCAGAUGAACAUGGUACCUGCUAUGCGUGUUGCUGCUAUCUUGGUUUCAGGCAUGCAAAAUGGCUUACAGGCUAUGUGAUAUAAAUCCUUCAAGACCGUGGGGUUUGGAGGCUAUAACACCAAACUCAGUUGAAUAGCCUCCUCAUCCUUUAUCUCAAGGCCUCCAAUCACCACUCUGUUUACAUUAUUUAGCAUAGCUUCAUUAUGCCGACUCCUCCAAGAAGCUCAGUCUCCUUCCCGAGCCACGCGGACCUCUUCUACUUCUGCACAACAUCGUCACCAUCAGAGGAAGAUCUCAACAUCCACUACGCCCCUCCUUCGAGAUCUUCCCUACGCAUCGGCGUGGUCAUCUACAGUCCAGAACCAGUCCAACUGCUAGACCUAGCCGCCCUCGACCUCCUCGCCAUGGUCGGAAGAAACAGAAUCAGCCGAACCAACGCCACGGCCGCUGCCAUUGACGAAGCCAUGGAUGAAAUCGACAUUCGAUAUGUCAGUGUGACCGGAGAAGGGAGUUUCCCAGUCACGUCUGGCGCACGAAUGCCGGUGACGGUGAGCUAA